CCUUACCCAACAAUUCUCUCCCACCUCUCUCGCUCUCUAGCUCCUUCCUUAAUCCCACUCUCGCUUUCUGCUUCUACACUGAUCGGCCUUCUUCAUUCUCCCAUUUCCCUAGCUCGAUUUGAGAGUUAAUUCAGGAGAAAAAUCUGUUCAAAAAACAGAGAAAGAAGAAACAGAGAGCACUCUGCUUUUUUCGCCUAGUUAGCUCACCCCAUUCCAUUUUCCAAUCUUCAAAGAAGGUUCUAACUCGGUUUUCUUAUAAGGUAAAUUUGUUAGCUUUAAACCCAGUUAAUGGGUUUCUUCGAAUCGGUGGAAUAUAAUUUCAAAUGGGCUUCCUCUGUUUUUGUUUUGUUCUUACAAUUUGGGGAUGUCUUUUUUUUUUUUUUUUCCUUACAGAGAUGACGAACCAAAAUGUUGUAGUGCCGGACACGAAAUCAGGGAUCAACUUGCCAAUGGUCCGUCUUUCGGGCUCGUCGAUCUUCCCGGCGGCGGCCCAGAAGCCGCCGACGGCUCCUGGAACCGGCGGCGGGGGCUGCAUCUCUCUGUCGACCAAGAAGAAGCUCCUCCUCGAGAAUCUGGAAAUCAAUGGCGGCGGCGGAGGAGGAGCCAGGAUUAACUCCUGGAUUGACUCCAUGCGAGCUUCCUCGCCGACCCACAUGAAGUCGAGUUCGCAAUCUCUAUCGGAAGAUCAGCAGCUCCCAUGGCAGCAGCAGCAGCAGCAGCAGAUUACUCUGCCGUCGGCCAUGGAUAACUUCGACCAGAUAAUGGAAGCUUCUCGAGGGAAGCAAAUUGUCAUGUUCCUCGACUACGAUGGCACCCUUUCCCCCAUUGUCGACGACCCCGAUCGUGCUUUCAUGUCCAAAAAGAUGAGGACGACUGUUAGAAGGCUGGCUAGGUGUUUCCCCACCGCCAUAGUGAGCGGAAGAUGCAGGGACAAGGUGUACAAAUUUGUAAGGCUAGCAGAACUCUACUACGCUGGUAGCCACGGGAUGGACAUUAAGGGUCCGGAGAAAGGCUCCAAGUACACUAAAGGGACCGAGCCGGUGAUAUGCCAGCCGGCGAGCGAGUUUCUGCCGAUGAUCGACGAGGUGUUCAAGGAGUUGGUGGCGAAAACGAAACUGACUCCCGGAGCCAAAGUUGAGAACAACAAGUUCUGCGUUUCAGUUCACUUCCGGUGCGUGGAGGAGAAGAAAUGGAGUGAAGUGGCGGAAGCCGUUAAGUCCGUUUUGAAGAAGUAUCCCAAACUCCGCCUUUCACAAGGAAGAAAGGUACUGGAAAUCCGACCCACAAUUAAGUGGGACAAAGGCAAGGCUCUGGAAUUUUUGUUAGAGUCUCUUGGAUUCGCAAAUUGUACCGAUGUUUUCCCUGUUUAUAUUGGAGAUGAUCGAACUGAUGAAGAUGCAUUCAAGGUAUUGAAAGAGAGGGAGCAAGGAUUUGGGAUUCUUGUGUCCAAAGUUCCAAAGGAAACUAAUGCUUCUUAUUCCCUCCAGGAACCUACCCAGGUUAUGGACUUCUUGCAACGAUUGGUGGACUGGAAAAAGCUGGCUUUCCAGGAGUCCAGGAUGUAGAUUCAUUGAUCAGUACUGGGGGAUUGGAUUGAUGGAGUUCUUAAUUGUAUUAAUUAGCAUCUAUUCUUAGUUAAUUAAGUAAUUAAGCUGUAUAAUUAUGAAAUUAAGGAAAAAGAAGGGAAAAAAAUUGUACAUCCCGGGUACCCUGGACCCUUUUGAGGGGGUAAAAAAGAAAUGUAAGGGUGGGAGAAUAUUAGUUUUUUUUAUUUCUAAUUUCUCCCUUAAGUUCCUUUUUGUUAGAGGGGAAGUUGGAUUAAAUCCAUGUAAUUAAGGGAGAAAUUAACAGGGGAAGAGGGUUUAACCAUUUUGAGUUUUACUCUUUGCCUUUUGGUUUAGUAAAUGGCCUUUUCUUUUGUACAUCUUUGUAAUUCCAGCCAACUGUUUGUGGUUAUAUAUGAAGGAAGGAAAUCAAGACUUUUGUCCAUC